GCGUGCGGGGUGUCCUGCUGUGUCGGAGAAAAAAAACUGAUUAGACUGACAUUCUUUUCCGGGAGAGAAUUUAUAUUUCUUCUAUCCAGCUUAAUUUUAUCGGCAGAAUAAAAGUCAUGGCACAAAAUCCAUGCACAAAUACAACAAGAUUGAGGAACAGAGAUUACGCAAAUAGAAUCAGACAAGGAUUGUGUCGUAAUGUGUUAGGAGAGAUGUGCGAGCAAAAAGUACAGGAGAGAAGAGAUAAAUUGAGAGAAGAGAUCAAUAGACAUAGACAUGACUGUAGAAAUCUGUAUGAAAUACAGGUGCUGAAAUUAAUGAGUAGAGAAUUACUUCAUGUAGUAACACCAUUAUGUGAAAAGAGGAACGAGGAGAUAGAUAGUAUCUUGACUGAAGAACAAGUACUCAAGUUACAACAGGAUCAAAUUGUUCAAGAGCAAGAGCAAUGGAUGCUGCAAGAAUAUGAUAGAAUUUUGCAAGAAGAAACCGAAUAUCUGGCGAUGUUCGUUGAUCGCGAAACCAAUAGUAUGAUCUGUCCAACAUGCCAGAAAACUGUAUUAGCCGAGGAAAGCAAUUAUCUGACCUGCACAGCUUGCGGACUGAUGUUGGCUGGCCGUACUUCACAAGAAGCAAAGCAUUUAAUCAACAAAUGUGUAUGUGAACAUGCGGCCAAAUGUACUAAAACACCAACAUUCAUAUCGUUAAUAUCUGAAAGUAAUAAUAUGAAUUUGUACAUGGUAUGCUACGACUGUUCUACUUUAGCAUUGAUUUGUUAAUUGUUUACAAUUCAUUCAAUUAAUUUUUUCAAGAACAAAAUCGUUGAUAGAAACGCAGAAUAUUAAUACAUCAACGUAUCUUAAGUGGAACAUAAAUACAAAUUCAUUACUGUAAGAGCAAUCUGUAGUAAAAAUUAAUUUUGAUGUGUUCAUUACAAUUAGUUUUAUAUAAGACUAUAAAAAAAAAAAAAAAUUACGAGUGUCGUUUGAUUUUAUUAUAGAAUUUUGUGACUUAUCUGUUGACUUUAAACAAUGCAAAUCAAUUGUAGGAUUAUGUUAAAAUAAUAAUAUUUGUUAAAUUUAAAGAGAUGUUCAUUGAUUCAUCUUUUGUCUCGAUACAAAUAAAUUCAAGAAAGUACGUUUUGAUAUUGACGAUUAUAUAUAUAACAAAUUCUAUUUAUGAAAUUGUAUAUAUAUAUACAUAUGUAUAUUUGUACUCCGAUUGAUAUUCUAACUCAGUUGUACCACAAACAAUUUCUCGGCAUAAUCAUCAAUAACAAUUAAAAGUAACAAAUGUGGUACGGGUACAAAUAAAAUAAAAUACAUCAGUUCAGGUUUCUUCAUGUUGUAACAUUGAAGUAAUAACAAUAUAUGAGUCCUUAUGAUUAUAUGAUACAUAUUGUACAAAAGAACAUCCCUUUCGCUGAGUUCACUUAUAUUACCUAUCACUUACACAUGUACAUAUACAUUGUAAGUUCAGAUGAGAGCAUCUGUAUAUCGUAUCGUGCAUAGUCUUUUGAACAACGAAUCAUUUUAGAGUACACAUGAAAACGACUAAAAAAAACGAUUAAAAAAAACGAUUAAAAAAAAAAAGAAAAAACAGAAUGUAACAACUCAGAAUAUUAAACAUGUUUUGUUUUCUUCAUUAUUCGAUAUAAUUUUAAUAGAGACGUUAAUAAAGACGCUGCAAUAUACAGAAGCCCUCUGUAGCUUAAGAUCUAUUCGGUAGUCAAACAUUUUUGUAAAUGAUUUGUACAUUAUCACAUGAUAUUUUCAUAUUAAAGAUCUUAUAUUGCAUAACGUUGUGAA